CACAGAACCAGUCAAAACAACAGAAUGAAUGUUCUCGGCAGAAAUAUUGCCCAAAAUCUUCUAAGAUACAACAGAUGCGGCCUAAUACAGUCGGUCGCCGGCCGAAACUUUAGUGCGAGUGCGCUCGAUGCCAAGGAAGUGGAAAAGCUGGUGAAAAACAAUAAGGUUGUGGUGUUCAUGAAAGGAAACCCGGACGCUCCGCGAUGUGGUUUUAGCAACGCGGUUGUACAAGUCCUUCGUAUGCAUUCGGUUAAUUACGACAGUCACGAUGUCCUGCAGAGUGAAGAACUGCGGCAAGGCAUAAAGGACUUUUCGAGCUGGCCCACAAUACCGCAAGUUUUCAUCAACGGAGAGUUUGUCGGAGGAUGUGACAUUUUGCUACAGAUGCACCAAAACGGGGAGCUAAUCGAAGAGCUGAAAAAGGCCGGCAUUGAGAGUGCGUUGGUCAAAGAGGCGGAAAAGUAGAGACUGAUUGAUAGUUGAAUGGAAAUGACGAACGCGGUUACCGAUAAGCAAUAAAAGGAACGUUGGUAAUUAAGCACCAUUAGCACUCUGUUACUUUGGGCACCCUCACACGCGCCCUUCCGGUGGCUCUAGCAUAAGCAAUGGGGAACGGAUUCAAAUAAUUAUGCCUUUAAAAGCUAGCGCCAUAAUCUGCUCAAAUAGAGAUAUCAAAUAGGUUUGUUAGCCUGGUACCGAAUUGCAUUAAAUAUAAAUAAAUCUGACUAA